CACAGCCUCCCGAGCCUGGGGGCUAAGACAGCUCCGGCGUUGUUGUACACAGAAAGCUGGCCGCAAUGACAGCAGCUGCUCCCCUGGACUGGUGGCUGCAGCCCCGCCGCAGCGUGAAGAGAGAUUGCUCCUGAGCUCAAGAUGAACUCCACCGUGGACCGUAAUCAGAGCAGCCGCCCUUUUUGCCUCAUGACCUUUGGCUAUUUGGAAACUGUCAAUUUUUGCCUUUUGGAAGUGCUGAUCAUUGUGUUUUUAACUGCUUUGAUUAUCUCGGGCAAUGUCGUGGUGAUAUUUGUGUUCCACUGUGCACCUCUGUUGAAUCACCAUACGACCAGUUAUUUUAUCCAGACUAUGGCCUAUGCUGACCUCCUGGUUGGGGUAAGCUGUCUGGUCCCCUCCCUCUCGCUCCUUCACUACCCACUUCCCGUGGAGGAGGCUCUGACCUGUCAAGUGUUUGGCUUCGUAGUAUCCGUGCUGAAGAGUGUGUCCAUGGCCUCUCUGGCCUGCAUCAGCAUCGAUAGGUACAUUGCCAUCACUAAGCCCCUGACCUAUAAUACCCUGGUCACACCCUGCAGACUCCGCGUGUGCAUUUUCAUGAUCUGGCUCUACUCCGCUCUGGUCUUCCUGCCUUCCUUCUUCCGCUGGGGAAAGCCUGGCUAUCACGGAGAUGUGUUCCGGUGGUGCGCCGAGUCCUGGUCCACGGACCCCUACUUCACCCUCUUCAUCGUGAUGAUGUUGUAUGCCCCAGCCGCCCUCACGGUGUGCUUCACCUAUUUCAACAUCUUCCGCAUCUGCCAGCAGCACACAAAGGAGAUCAGUGAGAGGAAAGCCCGCUUCAACGUCCAGAGUGGUGGGGAGCCAAGGGAGGUGCAGGCCAGCUCCGACAAGCGCUAUGCCAUGGUCCUGUUCCGAAUAACGAGUGUGUUUUACAUCCUCUGGCUGCCGUACAUCAUCUACUUCUUAUUGGAGAGCUCCACAGGCCAUAGCAACCGCUUUGCCUCAUUCUUUACCACCUGGCUUGCGAUUAGCAACAGUUUCUGCAACUGUGUCAUUUACAGUCUCUCCAACAGUGUUUUCCAGAGAGGGUUAAAAGGCCUCUCCGGGGCCAUGUGUGCUUCUUGUGCAAAUCAAACAAUAGCCAAGGAUCCUUACACCAUUAGAGGCAAGGGGCCCCUUAAUGGAUGCUAAGUCUUGUGUGGUUC